GCAAAACACCCAACUUUACCCUUAGUCUACCAGGACACUUCGCCAUCCAUUUUUGCUGUUGGCAACAUGUUGUCCCAUGAUAUCUCGUCUAUGAUGCUGGGGAAGUUGAGCGGCGGCCCGGACCUCUUUGGCAAGGAGACUGGAGCGCGCCUCCCCCUCCUCUUUACCAAGGUGAUGGAGGCUCGGCCAGCUGCGUCACAGAGUUUGCUCUUCCGUCUUCCACCAGAGAUCCUCGGCGACAUAAUGGACUUGAUUGCAGAUGAAAAGCCCUCUCUGGCGUCUCUCGCUCUUGUCAAUAGUGACUGCAGGCAGCUCGCUCGAUCCAGCCAAUUCGCGGUGGUCACCUUCGACUACAGCCCAGCAUCUCGUCAACUUGCCCAACUCCUCUCAACAGAGGUCGUCUCUAGAGGUCCUCAGUCGCGCGGUCGAAUUGGACCAUGUAUCCGACGUGUGAAAGUGGCGUCAGACCCUGGCUGGCUCAUGGCUUUCCAUGAAGAGCUCUAUGACUCGAUUUGGGGAGCCGACAGAGGCGAAACAACCGAUGCUAUAAGAGAGUACAUUGGUUCACUGGAAAGAAAGGCAGAGUUGGAGUACAUGGCCUAUCACCAGAUGCCCAUUCUUCUUGGCAUCGGAGCGAUGCCAAAUUUGGAGGCCAUUUCCUGGCUCGACGGACUGUGCCAGAGUCCCUAUUUAUUUACGACUCUCGCUGGAUCUUCCGUUCAACAUAUCAAAUUUCAUGGCACAGUAAGCGAGGGACUUCUAGGGAUACUAGACCAGCUUCCUGCACAUUCAUUUCAACAAGUUCGGUGUUUGGACCUCAAAUUUAACCUUUGUCGAGAUAGUCAACACAAGGUUGAGGAGGUCACAAUUACAGAUUGCGAUAUAGACACCGCCAAAGCACCCGACAACGGAGAUUCAUUCGCAAAGCGGAAGCCUCAAAGCGAUUGCGAUGUCAUCGCAGCGCUUAUCAAGCGUUGCGAGCAGAGUCUUGAGACACUAGUUGUGUACAGAAUGUUCCCGAUGGACAAGACUGAAGAGAGACUAUCAUUGUCAAGCCAAGAUACCAACCUCCGCAGUCUACGAACUCUCAACUUGUCGUACUGCGAGGUGGACCUGACAGCUUCGCGUGUCAUGCUCUGCCCAUCGCUUCGCCAUCUCUCCAUACCAUGGAAAUGGGAUGAGUCCUUCUUGUCUUGCGAUACACUUCGAAACCUCGACACCUUAGUUAUUCCAUUCCUAAGGGAAACCCCGGGGAAGCCCUCUACUGUUAGCCCGUUGAUGAAGUUCCUCAAUCGCCACCCGCACAUCAAGAAAUUGUGUCUGGACCUAGGCACAGACGCCCUCAUUGACGAUCACCUCCUGCCCUGCUUGUCCAACGGUAAUUGGGCCAAUUUGAACUCACUAUCGUUGACAUGGGAGGGGCCAGGCAUGGAGGAAUCAACUCGGCCGCACAUUGCCCGGGUGUCCGAAUCUGCACUAGCCGCAAUUGGGUCCUUGGAUAGCCUCGAGCAGCUCAGUUUGACCGCAGGAGUAAUUUGUGGCUGGCGUCGCCAAUGGCUGAUUGACCACGAUGCUGUUCGAGAGUCUCUCAAAGGCCUCACGCGAUUGAAAAGACUCGCCAUAUCCCGGGAUACGUACCCGGUUCCAUUCGACCUGGAAGAGCCGGAGUACUACUACGAGAUCAAAGUCGCCGAUCCGGAGGACCGCAAGCUUGCCAAGAAGCGAAACUGGAUAAAUGAGCUUGAGCCGAUUGAGGAUUCUGACAGCGAGACCGUGGAUAAGGCGGAUGAAAUUUGGGAGUACGCACACCGCUACAGAAUGUUCAAGCAAGCCGAGAAGUACGCCGAGGUGAUUCCGACGCUGGAAUGGGUCUACUGCGGCGAAUGGCCGAUGAAGUUCGUUGGUGGGCCGCUCUAUGAGGAUGGGUUGUGGGACCGGCAGACGAGGCGUAAGGUUGCGUGGCCACUGGCUAAGACACGGGAUUCGUGCUGGUCGUAUUUACGUCACACGUUUGGCAUGGGCCAUGAAGAAGAUUGAUAUGUGAGUCGCGGGUGAAGGAGAGGAAAGGCCGGGAGGAGCGGGAACUGAGCAGCUUUGACGGAAGACGAAGGUUAUGCGAUCUGCAGCGCUGCAACCCAAUCAGAUAUCUGCCCCAAAUAUCUUGGUCAAACAGUCAGAUACGCCCUAUUUAGCUACACCGUCAAUCAGUUAUUGCCAGAAAAAUAUCGAGUUUAUCUGAAGAUAUUUGGACUCUUUCGGAAAAAUGUAAAGC